GUUGGUUGAAAGGUUCGAUGGUGUGUGUCUGUGCAAAUGCUCAAUGUUUGAUCAACAAACUAAACGGUUUGACGUUGCUAUUGAUCAGACACUAGAUGACUGAGCGACAGUCGUACUGACCGACUAGCUAGCUUACUGUUUAGUGAGUGUGUGGGUUCUGUGUGUGCAUUGUAUGGCAAUGUGUGUACACAUGUAUCUACAAACAUUCCUACUACAUCCAUCCAUCCAUAUUUAUGUUGUUUGUUCUCUGCUGCUCUAGCUACUUUAAGCAAACCAUUGCAAGUUGUUUGCUCUUAUGCAUCCUUGAUUAAAUCUUUAGUACGGAAAUAACUUACUUACUAAACACACGCGUUCAUUGCUCGUUACACACUCUCAGCUGAAAGAAAAAAAAAAAAGAUUUAAGAAAAAAACAAAUUUAUAGAAAAUGCCGUGGCGUGUAGCAGCAGACAUAGAGAUCAAAAAAGUUACAAGUUGAAAACAAAAUCUUUUAUGAAUCAAUUAUUUUUGAGUGUCGACAGUCAUGUUUGUUUAAAUUUAAGAUAGAAUCACAAUUAAAUUAAAUACAAAGAUACAUACAAAUAAUUAUAAAAUUAUCAAAUACAAUAAAAUACCUAGAGAUAACUAAAUAAAAUGUAAUAUGUAUACACAAGUUUCAAUACUGCGGUACCGUGUAACCAAAUCAUGUUUAAUUUUUAUAAUUCCAAAACACAAAGCCGCCGGUUAGUCAACGUCAAGCAUUUACAAAAUACAUAACGAUCAACAGUUAAAGAGUGUCAUAUAAUUUAACAUACAUAUUUCUUAUACAAAGGAUCAACAAAAAUAAGCAAUUAUUAAACAAAUAAUACAGAAAUAAAUAAAAAAAAAAUUGAAAAUUACAAUUAAACAAAAUUUAAAUUAAACUUAAACAAAGUUCAACAAAACAAAAGAAAACAUCUAAAAUAUUUUCAUGUAUAAUUGUUUGUGAUAUUAACAAUUUCGCUUCUGCAAUUGAGGAAUAUAAUUUUAAGCAAAUACCAGACAUGGAUGCCUACGCUUUACCACCAUACUUUCCGUUAGCAUAUUCAGAUUUACAAUAUUUGGCAUCCCGAAGAGCAGCUGCUGUUGCUGCUGCCACAGUAUUGUCACCACCACCACCCCAGCCAUCAACUCUAAAUGGAGCGAAUAGUGGAAAUGGUAUAGAUAGUGUGUCAGCAAUAGGUUCAAACGGAACGCAUAGCUCAGAAAAUGAUAAUACAUCGAAUGGUCCAAUGAUGACGCCACACAAUGCACAUCUUGGACAUGCCGUACAUCACCAUGCCGGUCAUACUGGUCUACAUGCACCACCACCUCCACCACCACAUGCUGCUGCCGCUCAAGCCCAUGAAUUUCAUCCGGCCUAUCGAAUUCCUGGUUAUAUAGAACAUUUAUAUUCGUUGCAGCGUGUUAGCCCCACCUCUUCUUUUUACGAUCCAUACUCUAAUUGUGCAACCGCAUUUCAUUUAACUGGUUUGGGAUUGAAUUCGGGAGAUUAUUUGGGGGCACGUGGUGUUGGUUCCUUAGGUGAACUACAUCCGGCAGCAGCUGCUGCAGCAGCGGCCAAUUCUCUGGCUAGCACCGACUUCCAUUUUAGUAUUGACAAUGCCAGACUCAGUUCAUCACGCACCGGUAGUUUAAGGGCCAGUAUUAGCCGUAAAAGGGCUCUUUCAUCCUCACCUUAUUCAGAUUCAUUCGAUAUUAACUCAAUGAUACGGUUCUCACCCAAUUCCUUGGCCACUAUAAUGAAUGGUUCGCGAGCUAGCAGUGCUGCUAGCGGUUCGUAUGGUCAUCUGUCAGCUGGCGCCAUGAGCCCCAUGCACAGUGCCAUGUCACCGCAUAUUCAGCAAUUACAAGCCCAUUUACUUAGAGCCAGUGCGGGACUGUUGCAUCCACUUCCUACACACCAAGCAGCAGCUGCAAACAUGCUGUCAAUGGGUCAUGUACAUACUCUACAGUCAGCUGUGGCUGCUGCAGCAGCUUAUAAUGCGGCAACCGCAGCCAAUGGAGCACCUAGCAACGUCACAACCAACAAUUCCCCCUUUCAUCCUCCCAUAAAUGGUCACACAAACGUACAUGCCGCUAAUGUGAAUAGCAAUCAAAAUAAUAUGAUUAAUAGCACCACUAAACAGAUGCAUUAUGAAGAAAUAUGUACGGAACGUUCUAAGGGAGAGCAGCCCUCAUCCACCUCACACAACGACAUUACUCAACAGGAGGCCGAUAGUGCUUCAGCCAAUUCAGCAACUGCGAGAAGACAACGUCUUAAUAAAAUCACUACUUCCAGUAACGUUGCCACCCCAACUACUACCUCAUCGACGACGCCACACCACCACCAUAGCAGCAAUAAUCACGUACAAUGUGGUCCACCCACUACAACUACACCACACAGUGAUUAUGAUUGCGCCACUGUGGAUACGACUGAUAUAAAAGAUGAACCAGGCGAUUUCAUAGAGACCAAUUGUCAUUGGCAAGAUUGUGGCAUUGAAUUUAUGACGCAGGAUGAAUUAGUAAAGCACAUAAAUAAUGAUCAUAUACAAAGCAACAAAAAGGCAUUUGUUUGUCGUUGGGAGGAGUGCUCACGAGGCGAGAAACCCUUCAAGGCCCAGUACAUGCUUGUGGUACACAUGCGUCGCCAUACAGGAGAAAAACCGCAUAAAUGCACAUUUGAAGGAUGUUGUAAAGCCUAUUCUAGAUUGGAAAACUUAAAAACUCAUUUGCGAUCACAUACUGGAGAAAAGCCAUACACGUGUGAAUAUCCUGGAUGUAGCAAGGCAUUUAGUAAUGCCAGUGAUAGAGCAAAACAUCAAAAUCGAACUCACAGCAAUGAGAAACCCUAUGUUUGCAAGGCACCUGGAUGUAUUAAACGUUAUACUGAUCCCAGUUCUCUAAGAAAGCAUGUAAAGACCGUACAUGGCGCUGAAUUCUAUGCCAACAAGAAGCACAAGGGCUCUAUACAUGACAACGAUAGUUCCGCUGGUGGUGGCGGUGGAAAUAAUGUGGGCAAUAUAGAGUCUCCUGAUGACUUUCGUUCGAGUAAAGCCAACAGUUUAUCAUGUCCGAGUAUCAAAUCUGAAUCAGAUGUCAAUUCACCGCCACAAUUGUCAGUGCACAGUCCGACCAUAUCGCAAACGGGUGGCAAUCAGGCAGCACAUAAUCAAAUGCAGUUCAAACCUGGUAGUGGUAUACGAAUGGGAGCAGGAAGUAAAAUGGGUGAUGUUAUGGGAGCUUUUAAUAAUCACGAUGAUUAUGGCAACAUGGCAGCGAACGAUGACGAAGCUUGGCUUUAUGAUGAUGACGUAGAUGCCGCCGAUUUGCCCAUAGUUCUUAGGGCCAUGGUCAGUAUUAGUAAUAGUCCCAAUAACAGCAUGGUCACAAGUGGUGGUGGAUCAUCAACCGUAUCUGCCGGUACUAUGCGUCAGCGUUUUCGCUCGCGUUUACAAUCCAAAGGCAUUAUUCUUAACGCACCUGCUUUAUCGAAUAUACCCGAAAUCAAUCGCAGUAUUGGUAUUGGUGAGCUCAAUCAGCGCAUUACAAACUUGAAAAUGGAACCAGGCACAGCUGAUGCAGCCUCUGUAAAACAUAAUGAUAUGAAGAACCCGUGUUCAACGAAUUUGAACGACUUGCAAACACGUUUAUAUUCCAACACGAAUACUAUGCUUAGUAAUUAUAGCAAUGGUGGUAGUUCACUAAUGCAAGCGAAUUUACGCCGUGAUAGUCAGAAUUCAAAUGCCAGCACUUAUUACUGUAGCAUGCAAAGUAGACGUAGCAGUCAAUGUUCUCAGUUGUCUUCAAUUUCCACGAUGCGACCAUGCUCGUACAAUGCUGGAUCAUUGUACGAUCCUAUAUCACCGGGGUGUUCAAGGCGGUCAAGCCAAAUGUCUAAUGUAACCACAGGUGGAGUUAGUUCCGCUGUUGCAGCGCUAGGUAACAAUGGAACCAAUCGAGUUGGUGCAAAUUCCAUUUGUAAUGGUAACAAUUCGUGCUUAAGUGGUGCCUUAAAUUCAUCUAAUAACUCCAGCCUGCCGCCACCUCCAUCUUCACACUUAAUUUCCACACACUUACAGCGUUUACAGACAUCUUCGUCAUCGUCUUGCAUAAAGCAUCCACAUGAAAGUGGGCGCUUUUCCAUACCAAACGCCUUUGCAGUGUCGCAAAUCGAUAGCCAUAUAACACAGCCAAAUAAGGAACAAAACAGUGGUAAAGUAACGGGACGUCGUCUUUCAGAGCCGGUGAAAAAAUCGUGCGAACGUCUUCUUCCAUCGCCCACAACACUAACAAGUACUUUCCAAAAUGUUGGUUUAACUACUGCGAAAAAGCCCACCAAAUCCCCAGUAAUCGGCACUACCACCACCCCAAGUGCGAUAGAAUCUGGCUCAAAGGAAACCACAGAAACUUCUUUGGAUCACCAUCCCAAUGAAAAAGUCAAUCUCGAUGAGGUCGAGGAGGAUGAACUUAUUGAAAAUAAACUCGUGCUACCUGAUGAAAUGUUGCAAUAUUUAAAUCAAGUAGCAGACAAGACACCUUGUAACAACAUCAGUAAUAACACGGGCAAAGAAUCUAAGCAAGCCAUAUGCCAACCUCCCAUGUCAUCGCCUAAUCUAUAUCCAAACAGCCCCGAGAGUCCAUCUACAAUUACGCAGGUUAUGUCUCCUCAAUCUGGCCAUACCAUGUCAGCCUUGGGUAGUCCCUACUCUCACCGAAAUUGCGAUCAACGUUCCCAAGCAGAUACUCAACGUCGUCAAUAUCCGGUUUACUAUGAUUAUUACCAUGAACGAGCUGAAAACGCAAAUGAUCACAAUACAAAGAGCAAUAAUUAUUUCUGUUCUCAACAGCCAUCAGCCAAACCUAGUCAGGUAUUGACUGGAUCAACAUAUACUCAAAAUGUUACUGCACCCGCUGACAGUUCAAUGACAAGUUUACCCGAUAUUAGCAACGGAGCAGUCAAAGCAAACUAUUUCGGUAAUGCAGCUCCUCCUCCCCAGGCCGGCAGUGCUGUACACAAUGAAAUACAAUGUCAAGAUAUAACCCAAUCGCAAAUGUCACCAGCGUUAGUAAAACCACCGACAGCAUCGUGUAACAACAACAUGAAUAUUAGUUACUCACAAAAUCAACUCUCCUUUAGCCAGUACAUGCCAGUUGCGGCAACGUUCUACAAUGCAGCCAAUAACAACAACGCCAACGCCAACAAUAACAACUCAACCAGCAACAUGUGUACUGAUGCCUAUCAACGUACCUUGGAGUACGUGCAGAACUGUCAGAGUUGGUUGCAAACCAAGAAGAGCCCAAAUCAAAAUUCACCAAAUGCUGAAUUUGUCAUGCCAUCGUGUCCAGUGCAAAAUACAAAUCACCUACAACCAGGCCAUCCUCAUCAACAUCAUCAGCCAGAUGUUACAAGCUCUACCCAUCCUUCUCCAAAUAUGGUUAUUAAUGACAUGACCACUUCGCUAAGCUCUCUACUGGAAGAAAAUCGAUAUUUACAAAUGAUACAAUAGUUCGCUUGUUCCAUUCAUUCGUACAUACAUACUUACAACAUUCAUAUUCAUGAUCGCACAUCAGUGCAUCAGCGCAUUUGCGAAUUAAUCAAUAUUCUGAAGACAUUCGCUUUCAAAGUUCAUAUCAAGAAGAAUUUAUACAAAGUGGAAGUUGCUGCGAAUUGAGGCAAAUUCUAUCGAAUCCAUUAAUUCGUUAUAUACACUCCAUAUCAAAGAAAUCUCAAACACUGUUAUGUCAAAUUUCACAUAUCAAAAUUGAAUGAAUUCACGUUAGUUGCUAUCACCUUGUUAAAUUUACCAUGCUCAAUACGCUCGAAUUUGCCUUAGUUUGUCACCGCAUCCUCCUGAUAUAAAUUCGCCUUUGUUCUUAAGUAAUAGUGCUGGAUUUCUUCUGAAUUAUGGCCAUUUAAUUAAGUUAUUUCAUAGUGUUUUGUUCUUAACUAUCUUUUGUAAGUACAACGUUUUACAAAACAUCAUCCAUACAUCAAAAGAGAGUUUGAAAAUACAUACAUAUAUUUUUAAGAUUUAUAUUAGUACAAAGUUAUUUUUCUCUUCAUAUAAUUUCAAUCAUACCCAUUUUAUUUUCUAAGCAAAUUUAUUUACAAUAUUAAAAAAAAAGAAAAAAAACAAGUAAGAAAGUAUCCAUAUAAUACCCCACGCUGAGUACAUGUCAAAAAUCAGUUUUCGCAUAAAAUUUAAAUAAUUUGUUAUUCGUGAGUGAUUUUCGGAAGUGUGCCUACUAUGGGAGUUAUGACUAAUCAUGGACCGACUAAAGUCUUUUCAGGAGCUAUGACAAAUUAUGGACCGAAAAAAACGCAUGUGCCAAAUCAUAUCGAAAUAUCUUCAAAAUUGCGACCUGAGAUGCUAGACUAAUAUUUUUUAGGCGUUACAAACAUCAGCACAAAUGCAAUGAACCCUCUCCAAUAUGCUGGUGUAGGUUAUAACAAGCAAAACACAACUAGUUGAUUUUAUUGUCCUGUAAAGUAAGGAAAAUGUUAGUUAGGACCUUUCUAUAUUAAGGUAUCGAUAUAAUAUGCACUUCAACACCAAAAUGAAUAGUAUUGCAAUUGUCACACUUUGGCAACACUCAAAAUGGUUUAGCUCUUUUACAUUGUAUAUGUCUUUGACAUCACUCACAAAUUCACUAGUGUUUGUUGUUACGAAUAAUACAACAAACGCAAGACCAACAAAAACAACAGACAGACUUUGACAGCUCCAGCCAACAUAAAUGUACUUGUUGUAGACUCGCUUUCACCUUAUAAUGAAUAGAGAAUAAUAGAGAAAGUGCAAGAAAGGAAGCAGAUAAAGUAUGAAAAACCGGUGUUGCCAUAUAUUAGUUGUUUAUUUUUAGUAUUGUUUGGAAAAUUAAUCCAUGCUCGUAUUCAUCAUGUACUUCAUCUAUCAGUUGCAUUUAAUGUUGAGAGAGUACAAAGGUUAUUGAUUCGUUAAUACAUUUUAUUAAGGCAUACAUACAUUAUUUAUACUCAUAGUUAAAGACUUAAUUAAUAUAAAAUUGCACAUAUGUAAUUUCAAAUAAAAAUUAUAGAACAUUUUAUAAACUUAGACAGUUUUGUGAUGGAAUUUAAAAUAUACAAACAAACAUAUUUCUUAAAUUUAUAGAGAUUAUUUAGGAAAAAAUAACUGAUAUAAAUUAAAUUACUCGUACACUUUUAAAAAAAAAAACAUUUUGAAGUAUAUUGCUGACUGUAUAAUAUACCUACUAUAUACUUACAAGUGCGAUUAAUCUGCCUUCGUUUCUGUUAACAGUUUUAUUUAUUAGGUAUAAGUAAUUUUAUUAUUACAUACUUACGGACGGACAUACAUAUUUUAUUAAAAUAAAAAUUCAACCCACCCAAACUUCGUUCAACAAGGUUCUCAGAGGUACAAAUAUCUAUUUUUAUAGCAUAUAGAACUAUAUUAUAUAUUAUUAUAUAUUAUAUAUAUAUUUAAAAACUAUUGUUAAGAUAUAAAUACAUACAUAUAUUUAAAAUAUUAUUUGAUGAUAGUGCUUCCACAAGUAAAUAAUAUGUAAUGUUAAGUUUUUUCAUUAUACUACAGAUAAACUAUAUAGUAUAUACAACAACCUCCUACUUAUAUUUAGUACAUACUCGAAUACAAUUAUUAUUUUUUUUUAUAUUUUUUUAGUGCUUCCAUUUAUAAAUUCUUUAUUAUUUUUGUAACAUUGUAUUUAAUAAAUGUCUUCCAAUAUAAUAAAAAUACAAACAAAA